UCUUUAGCAAAUUCACUUCCGUUUGAUCGAGACAAUGACAGGCUGAGUUUGUCUGAGUAACGUUAAGCUACUCAUUUGAAAUUUGAUUUAGUUAAAACUAUCGACCAGGCAGAGAUGUCUAGUCGUGAAGCCCUCAACAUGAAGCUCCCUCCGAUCCAGUCCACGGCCGGAGCCGUGCCGGUCCGGAACGAGAAAGGUGAGCUCUCCAUGGAGAAGGUGAAGGUGAAGAGGUAUGUGUCAGGUAAACGUCCUGACUACGCACCAAUGGAGUCUUCUGAUGAGGAAGAAGAAGACUUCCAGUUUGUGAAGAAGGGAAAGGAAAUGGAGGCAGAGCUCGAGAUGGAAGAAGAGGAGGUCUCUGAUCCACGUCUCAAACGUUUGCUCAACCGUGUGUCUGAGGACGUGGAGGAGAGGCUCGCACGACACAGACAGAUUGCAGAGCCUGAGGUUAUGGCUGAGAGCAGCGAGGACUCGGAUGAAGGCACAUGGCACCCAGAGCGUGAGGAGAGUAGUGAGGAAGAGGAGGAGGAAGAGGAAGAAGUGGAUGAUGAGGAAAUUGAGAGGAGACGAGCAAUGAUGAGGCAGAGAGCCACUGAACGAAAGAAUGAGGAGAUGGAGGUGAUGGAGCUGGAGGAGGAAGGGAAGUCAGGGGAGGAGUCAGAGUCAGAGUCUGAAUAUGAAGAAUACACAGACAGCGAGGAUGAAGCAGAGCCCCGGCUCAAACCUGUCUUCAUUCGCAAAAAGGACAGAGUCACAGUGGCAGAGCGUGAAGCAGAGGAGCAGAGGCAAAGAGAGCUGGAAGCUGAGGCCAAGAGGCAGGCAGAGGAGCGACGGCGCUACACCCUCAAGAUUGUGGAGGAGGAGGCUAAGAAGGAGUUUGAGGAGAACCGGCGCACAUUGGCAGCUCUGGAUGCUUUGGACACUGAUGGAGAGAAUGAGGAGGAGGAAUACGAAGCCUGGAAAGUCAGAGAGUUGAAACGCAUUAAGAGGGACAGAGAGGCCCGAGAAGUCAUGGAGAAGGAGAAGGCUGAAAUCGAGAGAUUCCAUAACAUGACAGAGGAGGAGCGUCGGGCUGAGCUCAGAAACAGCGGUAAACAAGUCACCAACAAAGCCAGCAAAGGCAAAUACAAGUUCCUCCAGAAGUACUACCACAGAGGAGCCUUCUUCAUGGAUGAGGAGGAGGAGGUCUACAAGAGAGAUUUCAGCGCACCUACUCUGGAGGAUCACUUCAACAAAACCAUCUUACCCAAAGUCAUGCAGGUCAAAAACUUUGGUCGGUCUGGACGCACCAAGUAUACCCAUCUGGUGGACCAGGACACCACGUCGUUUGACUCAGCCUGGGCCCAGGAGAGUGCUCAGAACAGCAAGUUCUUCAAGCAGAAGGCAGCAGGUGUCAGGGACGUGUUUGACCGACCCACAGUGAAGAAGAGGAAGACUUAAGAUGUGUGGAAUGGGCUUCACCAGACAUGCCGCAGCUUUAGAGACUGCUCAGAGACAGAGCUGCAUCCUACUGAGUCUUUCCUGACUUUAGGUUGUGGAGGGAAAGGAGCAAGUACAAACUGAUUCCACCACUUUGAUGAUCCUUCAUUUAAUGUUGGCUUCUUAAAGUUACCUAAAAUGCAGAUGAUUUUUAAAUUUGUCAAUACAUAAAAUAUCCCUUCAACAUGGGAUCUUGGCUGUAAAAAUACAAUGUAGCAUAAAUUUCCUACAGUAUUUGAGGAAUGCUGCAUAUUGUCAUACAUUGUCUUUUUAAAGCAGUCUGUUGUAUUUUUUUUAGAAAUCAGCUAGUUACAACAUUUAGUAGACUGAUUUCCUGCAUUACCUUUUUUGUAAUAGUACAGGUAUUGUGACUUUGUGAUGAAUAAAAGUUGUAUUUUUGUCA